AUGCAUUAUUGCUGCAUUUGCGGUGGCCCGGUUUCGUCUUUGGAUCUGCGCAAAGCUUCUUUAGCGAACGAUGGAGAUGAUCUCAACCGGUGCUACAAGGAUGAGUGUGACUGUAUUGGGGACGAGUGUGAGGAAGUCGAUUGUCCCGGUCAGUUCGGGUACAAUAGUCAGGUUCUCUUGGAGGAAGAUGUCGCAUGGCUCGAUAAAGUGGUGAUGAUCUGUCCCUCUAUGAACAAUAACGGAACCGGCUCUUCCACCGGCUCGCAAUCUGGUGCCUACCUGACCGCAAUCGGCGACUACGACGAGUAUGAUAGCCUCGUCCACUUUCCAGACACCUCCACCAAGUGCCCUAACAGGGAUGGCUUCGUGGCGCACGAUUGUUGUCUCCGUACUCUCUUCCUUGCUGAGAGCAACUCCUCCAAAAAGCAGUCUCAAUUGACCCUCGAGAGUCUUUUCUUCACUAUGAAAAGAUUUGCCGUCCCCAGCCCGGAAAAGGCCAUUGAUUGGAAGGACAGCAGGCUCUACGGCGGCGGUGUGCACGGGUUCCAGGGUUCUGAUAAAUGGGAAGCGCUAUACGGAUACGAGUGGCUCGUCUCAGAUCCCGAGGGAUACACCAACAUAGCUCGCGUCCUUAACUACGCGGCCCACCCCAAGAUAGUUGCACUACGAAGCCCAAUCUGGGGACCCCUCAAAUUGAAGGAGGUUAAAGAAUCUACCACCGCCAAAGAGGACACCAUCAUCCAAGAGGAGGGCUUCAAAAAACUCCCCUUCGAAGUCCAACUCAUGAUAAUAGAGCUCCUCUCCAGCAAGGACGUACACAAUCUGAGCCUCGCAAGCCGUGCCAUCUGCAACGCAACCAGAUACCUGCCCAACUCGUUCUGGAAAACGCGUUUGGGACAAGGCCGCUUCGGCUAUCUCGCCCCUUUUCGCGGUGAUCUGACCUGGCCUAGUGUGCCGGUCAACUACUUCCGCCUCCUGUGCAGGCUCGAGAACGUGUCUCGUCCAUGGCCACAUGGAGAUCAAGGCCCCCUUGGCGAAAACGAGCAGAUCUGUCCCUACUGGAAUAGCCUUAAGAACUGGCGCCGUAUUUGGGGUUGUUGCGAGGCGAUUCUCGAUAAGGUCAAUGCGUAUGAUAAUGCCAUCAUGAAGGCGGCUGCGUAG